UCUUCUUCAGACAAGACGCAGCUACAGACGACUCCUCUUCGCCCGUGAAAGAAGAACAAAUAUCUGAAUGUUUACAGAUGCAACAUGAGUGCAGUUUGCAGCAGGGGUUGACUUGUCUCCAGAGGGUUAGCAAAACCGCUUCUCUGCAUCCCUCCGUGUGUGUGACUAAAUGUGUGUGUGUGACAGAGGGAAAAGACAGAGAGUGAAAAGUGUGUGUGGAGGCGUGAUGACAAUGUAUGUCUCUGAGCAGUAGUGGAGUGUGUGUGUGGUGUGUGUGUGUGAUGUCAGGAGACACAAGCACCCUGUCCUGGAGGAGCAUGUCUCCCACCAGCCGCUCAGAUUCCUUGGAUUUUUCUCCCACGGCAACUGUCGCCAGGGACAACAUCCUCCAGGUGAAGAUCAUCAAAGUGUGUUUCCUUAGCAACAGCUCCAACCUGGGCAAGAACUUCAAACUGGUCCGGUGUGAGGAGGGCUGGGCUGUCAAGGAUAUCAUUCAUGUGGUGCUGUGCAGUGGUUGUGUGGGUCCAGAGAUAAAACACAGCCUGUGUUACAGCCUCCUCCUCAAACACCUCAAGUCCUCAGAGAAACACUGGCUGCACCCAGACCUGACAGUGUCCGAACUCACUCAGCGUUACGAACAACAGCACCUGGAGGCCGAGUGGAGAUAUGACCUGAGGCUCAGAUACAUCCCAUCAGACUUCAUGGAGAAAUUCAAAGAGGACAGAACCACUAUGCUUUACUUUUAUCAGCAGGUACGAAGUGACUACAUGCAGCAGUAUGCUUCAAAGGUCAGUGAUGGGAUGGCGCUGCAGCUCGGUUGUCUGGAGAUUAGGAGAUUCUACAAAGACAUGAAUUCAAACGGACUGGAGAAAAAGUCCAACUUUGAACUAUUAGAGAAGGAUGUCGGGCUGGACCUGUUCUUUCCCAGAGAGCUGAUUGACAGCAUGAAGCUCAAGCAGUUGCGUAAGAUGAUCCAGCAGACGUUUCAGGGCUACUCCACGCUGAAGCAGGACGAGUGCGUGGCCAAGUUCUUCAGCACUUUGGCCCAGUGCUACAGCUUCACACAGGAGAGCUUCGCCUGCCAGCUGGUGCAUGGCUGGAGUAUAACAAUAGACCUGGUCAUUGGCCCUGAAGGCAUCAGUCAGCAGAAUGAGAACUCAACCCCCGUCUGUCUGGCUGCAUUCUCUCAGGUGCGCAGCAUCUCCUGCUCUGCAGGGAGCGACGGUCGAGCCCUGCUCACUGUGCACAUAGAGGGAGCCCAGCAGCCACUGUCUGUGAACACCCCCUCCCUGGCUGUAGCCGAGAACAUGGCCGACCUGAUUGACGGCUACUGUCGCCUGGACAGCGGCGCUGAGGGCUCCCUCAUUGUCAGACCCAGCCAAGGCAGAGACGCACAGAGACUGAAACUUCCUGACAUCCCUAAACACCGUGAUCCCAGUGCUCCUGAUAGAGACUCUGAUAUUUAUGCUGAGAUUCCAGAAAGCAGCGCAUUGUCUGGUGACAAACACAGGAUAUCCAGAGAUGACGUUGUUGUGGGUCAGAUCUUGGGUGAGGGAUUCUUUGGAGAGGUUCAUGACGGAGAAUAUAAAAGCCCUACGGGGGAGAAGAUCCGCGUAGCUAUCAAAACAUGUAAAGAAUGUUCAGCGGAUGUAAAAGAGAAGUUCCUCAGUGAAGCUGGCUUGAUGAAACACCUGGAUCACCCCCACAUCGUGCGUCUCAUCGGGGUCAUUGAGGUCGAUCCUGUCUGGAUCGUCAUGGAGCUCUAUGAACAUGGAGAGUUGGGUCACUACCUCAUGACGCAGCAGUACAUGCUGACCGGACCAACGUUGAUCCUGUACAGUCUACAAAUCUGCAAAGCCUUGGCUUACCUGGACGGCCUCAACAUGGUGCACAGAGAUAUAGCUGUGAGAAAUGUCUUGGUGAAGUCGGCCGACUGUGUCAAGCUGGGAGACUUUGGGCUGUCACGCUACAUUGAUGAACAAGAGUAUUAUAAAGCCUCAGUCAGUCGAUUACCAAUCAAAUGGAUGGCACCAGAAUCCAUCAACUUCAGACGCUUCACCGCAGCCAGCGACGUGUGGAUGUUUGGUGUGUGUGUGUGGGAGAUCUUCUCAAUGGCCCAGCAGCCGUUCUCUUGGCUGGAGAACGGGCAGGUGAUCCACCAGCUGGAGUCUGGAGUGCGACUCCCCAAACCGCAGUUCUGUCCACCCACCGUCUACUCCCUGCUCGCUCGCUGCUGGGCCUACGAGCCGCAUGCCCGGCCCGGCUUCAGCCAGCUCGUCUGCUCCCUCAGUGAUAUCCACAGGAUGGAGUCGGAGCAGCAUCUCAAGCCAAACAGGUCUCGCUCCAACCCAUCAUUGUUAGACUCCAACUUCACAGACCCUCCACCCAAGCCAACCAGAAUACAAGGCAACACACUUCCUCGGGACAUGCACAUACAGGCAGCAGACAGGGAUAGCAGGCCAGUGUGGGAGAAAGAGCGAGCGCACGUGGAAGACACUUUACAAAGACAAAGAUUCGAGAUGCUACAGGAUAAACAGUGGCUGGAGAAAGAGGAACGACAACUGGAUCCUGUUGUGCGACUGGAUUCACAAAUAAAGCCCCCUGAAAAAAGCCUGGAAAAUGGUCCUCCAGAGAAGCCCCCAAUGCCUCCUCCAGUCGCACAGCCUCGCCCCACAGCUGAGCUGGACCGAUCGGGGGACCAGGUGUACACCGGCGUCAUGGUGAUGGUGAAACAGGUGGUUCAGCUGAAGAAUGCUGUCAGCACACUGUCUGCCUCCGAGUACCCCAACGCUGUCAAGGCGGUUGGUGUCACCCUGCGUAGCCUGAUCCAGAGUGUUGAUGAGAUCCUGCCCUCUCUGCACUGCUCUGUCACCACAGAGAUCGAGGGCACAAAGAAGCUGCUGAACAAGGACUUAGGCGAGCUGAUCAAUAAGAUGCGACUCGCCCAGCAGAACUCUGUGACGACGCUGAAGGAGGAGUGCCAGCGGCAGAUGCUGGCAGCCGCUCACACUCUCGCACUCGACUGCAAGAACCUGCUGGAUGCCGUGGACCAGGCUCGGGUCCGGGCCAACUUGGCCAAGCCCAGAGCAGAAUCACAAGACUCAGGAGAUUCAGGGGAAUGAGCAGCGGACGUUCACAUGGACUGGUUUUAAAAAGGACAUGGAGUUAACAAGAGCUCAGUUCAUAUGGGAAGGUGCAACACUCCCUGUAGUAGUAUAAUAUAUUUUUUAUUUUCUAUUAAACAAAAGAACUCACGGUUAGAAAAGGGGGAAGAAAUGAAACUAUGACGAUGUAAAAAGCAAAAACAUUUGUACUGUUUAUUCUUUUUUACGAUUAAAGACAAAAAGUGACA